CGGGGGCAUUUUGUUUUGUUUUCAAUUGUGAGAUGGUUGGUCGGUAUGAACUGUUUCGCGUGAAUAGCAAGUUGCAACUCGAUAAACACGUUGACCAUCGACGAAUUCACUCAGUAUGACUGAACAGUUAAUGAUCUAUAACUGCUUCAUUGCACAUGUCGCGGUAUUCCUGUCUAUAGCCCAAAGUGCCUACCAGCUCCAACCGGCUCCCAAGGUGGAAGCUACCAUUGGAACCUCUAAGGUCUUUAGCACCGCUGUCGAAUUGCCAGCCAACUCGACAACACAAUUCACUGCUUUGGGCAUUGGUGCAACGUUGCGGUAUUUAGUGUUUGAAGUGCACACACAAGUUGAACCUGUGACUCUCUCUUAUCACUCGGAUUACCCAUCAAAAGUUACUGACAGUGACAGUGGAACAAACUGUGGCCUCGUGUCGCUUUUGGAUGCCUUUUCUGUAGAGGCAACAACGUUUAUCCACAACCCUCUCAAUAAAAAUGUCAGUGCACUGCUCGUAGUUCUCUCACAUGGACAAGAAGAUCCGAUUCCAGGUGGUUGCAACAUGGAGUUCCCAGUGGAGAUAUCUCCAUUUCUGCGUCUCUCAGUCAGCAGAGCAGACGUGACAGUGGAGUUCCAGCACGCCAGCAAAGGAUAUCCACGCGACGGGGCACAGCCGCACUGUGAUCGUGGGCUCUCUAAUUUUCACUAUCAGAUCUACGUGUACUAUCUGAACCAGCGAGACUACACCGAACUACAUUACUUUGAUGGGAUAUCUCGCAUGAUUGAUGCCCAGUCCAUCAAGGAGAACGCCCAUGCCGUGCACGGACACCGUGAGAUUCCCCAAACGAGAGCUCUGCUUCUCUCGUACCCUGGUGAGGGUGCCGUCUUCAACAUCAUAGUGCGCUAUGAAAGUCCUGAUGGUGAAGUGCGGGAAGCAGCUUAUGUGCCCAUUGCGACAUACGGCUGCACAUGGUUUGCACGAGAGAAAGGCUGCGAACAAAUGAGUGGAGGACUCGGCAUGGUGUUUGCCAUUGUGAUCACGCUAGUGGGGCUGAUCAUAUGCUUUAGAGGACAUCGCCUAUUCACAUUCAGUAUGUUCUUUUUCGGAUUCCUCGCGUUUGCUUUGAUGUCCUUCAUGCUACUGACAAAGUACGGAAGCUUUUCUGACACAGAUCGGGACGUCCUGACAUUCGUUGGUGGAGCUCUCGGUGGUAUCUUGUGGAUGGGGUUCUGGUGGUUCCUGGGAGUUCCAGUCAUAUCCAUCAUCCUCUCCGGUCUAGUCUUUGGAUUCCUCAUGGCUUCUACGUUGCUUUUUACACCCUUUGGUGACUCCUACUUCCUGAAGAGUGACUUCAUAUACUGGAUGUUCCUCAUCUGUAUUAUGCUCAUAAUUGUGAUACUGCUCCUUCCAGUCACAAAGUUUCUGAGCAUUUUGUCUUGUGCGGUGGUCGGCGGGUAUUGCUCCAUCAUUGCACUCGAUCUGUACCUCAAGACAUCUCUGUCCUUCAUAAUACUGAACGUCCUGAAAAGGUCCCUGAUUGAAGGUGGAUACCACGCAAGUAAUGAGGUACCUUUCCAGGCAAAUGAUGUGAUACUUUCUCUCACGUGGGCUACACUCUGCAUACUGGGGCUACUACUGCAACUUCGUUUUGAGCGAGACCGGCCACCAUUCCCACAGUCCCCGUAUCGGAACUGGCUCCGUGAGCGAGCCCGCCGUGCGGGUCGACGCAUUGCGGCUACGUGUACAUGCCGGGCGCCACAGGCUUCGCCUAGUGCCCCUCCCUUCCGCUCUGAGACAGAUCCAUUGCUAGGUGGGUCUGGACACACAGUGAGGCAGUACAACACAAUGCCAGAGCCACCACCUCCAUAUUUCAAUGACUGAGCAUUGAUGUGGUGCUGGCAAAAUGGUGUGCAUGCAAAAGUUCAGGUCAGUGCAGAGCGCUGAAAGCAGCCGUGCUGUACCAUUGUGGUUUCCCGUUGGGCUGUGAAGCCAUCGUUGGACGCACUUGCAUUUUUGAACUAACGAUCAAACGAAUUUAAUAGAGUGCCUACCUCGAUGGGUGUCUGUAUGUGGCGCAUGUGCCUACCUCUAUAUGUGGUGCAUGUUCUGCUGUCACAGCUCAUCGCAACUGCCUGGAUGUUUAGCAGUUGCCAACAAAUUUACAAUGAUGUUUCACUUUUACGCUUUAUGUGUGGUUGUUUGUGUGUAACCACUCACUGCAUUGUUAGCACACCAAAACUUCCUUUGUGAGCAAAGGAAUGAGCAGGUGCGGCUGUCCUUUUAUAGUCGUGCACACUGCUACAAGAGCAUGCUGGUACCGUCUUAGGAAGAUGGCUACGUUACCGACAUGUGAUGUUGGCUCGUGCUUUUUAUUUUAUGAGUACUUCAGUAACACAUUCCUUAUCAACGUUUGUAUUACGGUCACAGGCAGAGGCCACAGUAUGUUAUAUCUACUAGUCAUGCUAUAGGCAUUUUCCUUUUAUACUGUUUGGAAUGUGUAUUAUAGUGCAAAGUAUACUGCCACUUGGAGAAUACCAAUUGGUGAGGAUGCCACUGUCUCCAAGUAAAUGAUUUGAGAAUUCAGAGCACUUUUAACAACUUCACUGCAUUGAUCAAUGGUUUCUGUGCCUUUAUGAACAUUAGAAGUCCAUGUGCGACGUCUUAUUGCAUACGAACCAGGUUAUGUGAGCUGGAAAUGCAGAAUGUAUACGCAUGUUCUAGACUAAUCUAAUUGUCGAUUUCUGCAAAAUUAGGUAUGAACACCGACAACGGUAUUGCAAGGCAGCACCAGUGUCUUGUAUGCAUAUUUAAUGUUCAGUACUAAGUUUGUACAAGUUCUUAUUUUCUGAAAAAGUAGGUUGAGUUUAUUCUGAACAGAGUUCAAAAAGAGCUUUUUUUUUUAUUUCCACUAGUCUUGGCUGUAAAGUUCCAACAAUUCCAUUUGUUGUUUGCAUUACAUCUUAAGUGUGGUUUGUUCAACAACUUUAUACACACAGUGUUUUACAAGGAGGCCAAAGAGUUCUGGGUCACACAGAAACAGAAAUUUUGUUGAAAAGAAAACAAACUGAAGAGGUUGGACACCAUUUUCUCGCAUAAUAACUUUUCGUUUUUAUAGGAAGUUUGAUCUGUCUGAGUGGUUAUGUUGGCAAUUGUACAAGGCAUGUCCAGUUCAACUGUGUUCCAAUAAACUAGGAGUUUGCAAAACUG